UUCAAGAGAAGUAUGCACAAAUAUUUCACAUUUUGAGGAAGCUGACUGAUUUAUUAGAAUCCGAAUUAUUAUCUUGUUUAACUGGUCGAGAGUUUGAGCUAUUCAAUCAUUACUUCGAAAUGCAACCCUUAGCUCAUUUUGUGAAUGACUUACCAUUCGUGUGCAGACUCUUAGAAUUGCUUCCUGAAAGGAUGUAUGAGAACGACGUAUUUGAAGAAUAUUAUGAAAAAUAUCUUUAUCUUUGUGGCGUUCCUCCACUGAUGUUACGUUCUUCAGAAGUGUUAACUUGUGCCAAAGAUUUAGAGGAGUUCUUUUCUGUUCUAGGUGGCCUAUUAUUCUACCUUAAGAAGGAAAAACAUAGAUCAAUUCUGCUAGAAUCAAUCAGUAACAUUUUAUCGAAGAAAAUUAAAUAUCCUCGAUGUUACGUUUCGUUAAGUAAAUUACAACAAGCAGCUGCUGAGAGCUUCCUUCCAAAGAUAAUUGGCAGAUUUUUGUCAUUUGCACCAGACGACAUGUACGAGAGACUUUUGAAUAUUAGUAUUUUGCUAGCGGAAGCUUCAAAUCUUGCUUGUUAUAAGAUGAUAGAAGAAGGCGCUGUAGAUUCCCUUUUGAUUCAUUUGGACCCUAGAUGUAAACUGGGUAAGGUCAAUAGUGCAGCAAUAACUAUCACAUCUGAUUUACAUCUGCGCCACUAUGAAGAAUCUUCUACCUUGAUUUGGUUGUUGUUGAAGAGUUUGAAGGGAUUGGGUAUAGAGAAAAGCAAUAAACUACCUCCCCCCUCUAGAUAUGCAUUUUGGAGUUUAAGAUUUGCGCUGAAAUACUUCUACAUGAAUAAGAGGUGCAGAAUUGAUCGUAAUAAUAUAGUGGCUAUACUUCUGAAAAUAGUUGAAGUAUUCCCAACUACAGAAUUUGUUCAAUCUGGUUUGGCUAAAGAUAUUAUCGAAUUAAAUUUAUUAGUAGAAACUGAUAACAUUCAAGAUUCAGAAUGGUCAGGAAUUCAAAUAACACCUUGUACGGAAGAUUUUGUUUUUGUUCGGUUAUUGUUGAUGUUUCUUUAUUACUUCAAUAGGACCGAAUAUUAUGGAGGAAUUCACUUUCUCAGGGAUACAAGUAUAAUUGGAUUAAAAAUGAAAUUGGUGAAUAACAGACAAUCAGUGAAAUGGCAUAAAGAUCAUCUUGGGAAAUUAAUAUCCAUUUUUGUGGGUGUUUUUGCACAGACUGCAUCGUUCACAGUAGAGGUAUUUCUUGCCGAAAAAGGAAUAAUAAAGUUUCAAGAGAUUCUUCUUGAGAAAGAACAUAAUAUAGAUGUCUAUCUCUCAUUACUGAGAUCGUUGAUUAUAAUGGGAAAAAUGGAUAAGAUCAAAUCACGAAUGAUACUAAAUCGUUUGUUAGACGUCAGAGCUCAGGUGACUUUAAUGGCAUAUUGUGAAAUGAUUCUUUCCAAAGAAGUGUUAGAUUCUAAAUACCAAUUGGCAGUUGCAUACUGCUUUGCGAUUUUAGAAAAAUUAUUCAAAAUAAAAAACAACUUGUCCAACAGAAGGUUAAUGGACCUUUCUAUUGAUUUCCUCAGAAGGAUCAGAUGCCCUUGGCAACAAGAUCCUUUCAUAAUACCACAAUUACCAAUCAUGAUAAUAUCAUGCUUAUGGAACAUCCUUCUAUGUGAUGAGCAAAAUUUGAAUACAUUCAUCCAAGAGGAGGGAAUUUACAUUUGCUUGGAUUUGGUAGAGAGUUGUGUCUGGCCUGUUAAAGUUGUUGCUCUCGGUUUACUUACUGAAGUUUGUGAAGAAUCCCUGGCUAUACCGUUUUUUGUUACAUGGAGAGGAAAGAAACAUCAAAAAAUUCUGUCCUUUUUGUUGGAAAUUUUUAGGGAAGAGAACCAAAUGUUGGGAACUAAGCAUACUGCAAGUGGACUCAUUGAAGAUGUAGAGUUACCGUUGAUGGGUAUUGAACAGUACAAAAAUAUAUGCGAUCCACAAAACACACUUGAAGCAAGUCCAGCUAUAUCUGAUGUAAUCGGAAGCUGCAGACCUAAGAUCUACGCAAUUUUAGAUAUGCUCACCUAUGUUCACAAAGAAGAAGUAAUGAUGGCUAAUGAAAUUUAUAAAAUGUGGGACGAGGACUUGAGCAUCCAGGAUCAAAUUACGAAGGUAGUUGCAGAAAAUUUUUUUGCUCUGAAAAUAGCGGAAGUUUGGAAUGAACUGCAAUGGCACUUUGAAAGAUGUGGAAUCAGACCAUUAGCAAAUGAUUAUGAGAUGCUCUCUUUGGUUCUGAAUAGAGCCAAAAAAUGGGGAACUUUCAUUCAAGAUACACAAAGGGAAAUUCUCAGAAAUAACAGAGAAAAUGAAAUGGUGAGAGAAAAUCUUUUUUAUAUGGAUCUCAGAGAGGCAAGACUUGGACAAACAUUAGGAGCUUGCAGUGAAUUAGAAUAUAUCGCAAGAUGUACAAGAGAAAUAUACAGAAUAAGAACAAAGAGGAAGCAUAAUUUGCAUCUGACAGAACAAACUUUUAAAAAAACAGAUCCUAAUAUACUUUAUCAUACAACAUUCAUGUAUGACAUUAUGGUUAAUCCCAUCUUUGAUCAAAUAUUGCAUAUUGCCAAUAUCAAUAAUACUCCAAUUAUACAUUCAGAGGGAAAGGGUAUUAUGACACCAAGAAUGAGAAAAGCAAUUCAAAAAUUCAAUAAGCCAAAAUUUGAAGAACUGCCUGUUACGGCAGAAGAUCAACUGUGGGGAUCAAUUGCUGCUGAAACUUGCUUGAAUAGAUAA